GGCGUUUGGAUCCCCAAGUGGGUGCCUGACUCCGUGCGUGGAUCUGGGGAAAGCUGCGGACGCCAGAAGGCCCGCUGACACCGCGGCGCAACUAUGAGCUCAUCAGGCGCGGAAGACCAGGACGGCGAACGUGCUCUGCGCGCACACGCACAAGAGUGAGAUCAUCGCGCCCUCGUAGUAUGCGCGCGCGCACACGCAGCCUGGAACCCAACGGAUGGGGUCACGUGGGACUAGGGCUCCUCCGCGAGGGGAACGCCUCCGCCCUUUCUAAAGAUGUCCCGGAAGUGCCUCUGCCCUCAGUAAAAAUGGCCGUACCACCGGGCAUGAAAGAGUUGGGGCUGCGCCUGCGCAACAAGUUCGGCGGGGAAGAUGGCGGAUGACAAGGAUUCUCUGCCCAAGCUUAAGGAUCUGGCGUUUCUCAAGAAUCAGCUGGAGCGCCUGCAGCGGCGCGUAGAAGAUGAAGUGAACAGUGGUGUGGGCCAGGAUGGCUCGCUCCUAUCCUCCCCAUUCCUCAAGGGCUUCCUGGCCGGCUACGUGGUAGCCAAACUAAGGGCGUCAGCAGUAUUGGGCUUUGCCGUGGGCACCUGCACUGGCAUCUAUGUAGCCCAGGCAUAUGCUGUGCCUAACGUGGAGAAGACAUUGAGGGACUAUCUGCAGUCACUGCGCAAGGGACCCGACUAGCUCUGGAUCCCAUGGGGGAGGCAGGAUGAGCAGCUGGGGCCUGCAGGUGGAGGCCUCUCAACCACAGACACCAUAUCUCGUUUCCCUGGCUGUCACCCGUUUGCUGUCUCCACCCUUCCUGCCACCGUCAUCCUUGAUUUCCUUCCUGCAUAGGGUGGACAGUGGCUGGUCAGCCUGCACCUUGGACACCUUCCCACCCUUACCCCAUGGGACUGGCCCCAAGACUGUGGCUUCAAGGGCCACCAACCUCUUUUCCAGCCCUGACUGUGGAGUUUGCAGCUAACUUUGAUCCUCUAUAUUCUCUCUGGCAAUGUACCACAGCUGUACCCUCCUUGGAGCUGGCUCCAUAACUUGCUUUUCCUCAGCCCUGUUACAACCUCCCUGCAGCCCCUUGCUACACAGACCACCCAGGAUCUUGUAUGGGCAUGAGUGUAGAGGACGGGGGUCUGCCAGGCCUGGGCCGUCCCAGGCAGGCCCGCUGGAUCCUGAUGCUACUCCUGUCCA